AGUUCUGUACCAGGUUGUCCUCAUGAGCAGACAUAGCUCUCUAGCCUUGUUUCAGUCUGCAGAUAUUUGACCUAGUCUGAAGUUAUUUUGGAUUUUGCCUGAGCCUGAACCCCUGAAUUCCGGUUGCCUUGAAUCUUUGUCCUCUUUCUGCAAUCUCUUGGAAACGGCCCAUUUGAGGACCACAGCCACUGACCAGCCACCACUUCAUCAGUGAAAGCAGCUGUUCCCUCAUCCUGCUCCUCUCCACCGACGACCCCAUCCUCUCCAUGUGUAAUAGUCUCCUCUCCUCCGUAGAGCUGUGCAGCUUCCCUCUCAUAAAGCUCAUUUAUCAUGAGGAGGGAGAAGCCUCCUCUCCUGGGGUGGACUGGGUGAGAGGGACACCGAGGAGAACUGCUGAUGGCUACAGGAUAGUGGACUUAAACUGCAGGGUGGCUGCUGUGUGCAGGAUAAGGGAAGGGGAGACUGUUGAAAGGAUUGUUUGAAAAGAAAAAUUGUUUGUAACAGGUGAAAAAACACUAUUCUUGAAAUCUAUUCAGGGUUUAUGAAAGAACAUUUCUUGCUUUUGUACAACUCCCUGCCAUUCCAUUUUUUAAAUGUGAAUUUAUCCAUUUAUUUUUUAUUCUAUUAAAAGUUCCCGUGAUUCACUUCUAGGUUACAUUGAUUUUGGCACGCUCUGUGGACAAAGCAUGAUGAUUUAUGCCUUUUCUAAUCUCGUCAUGUUCAUGUUUAAGUAGAGUUUUCUGACAAAGAUCCAAUCCUGCUUUUUCAGCAGUCAGACUCAUCAUUCACAGCUGAUGAUCCGUUUUGUUUUUGAAGAUCAUAAAGGGGGCAUCAAUAUUAAAUCCAGUCUAUUCCAUUACCAGCUAAAACCUCUUCACAGGAGCUUUAAUGUAUUCACCCUAACUUCAUAAAUUAACUUUAAUUGUUUGGCUUUGUUUGUACUUUACUUUGCAGGUAUUUUGUCUGGUUCUCAUAUCUCCAAACUUUUACUUUGUUUGGUGUUCUGGAGUUUUUCUCCCCUGUGUCCAUUCAGCUCCCUUAAUUACUGAUUGAUCACACCUGUGUGCCCUCUGUGGAGCUGCAAGAACAAAUCCCAGCAAGGCCCAUGGUGGCAGCAGACCAAUGGGACAGCUUAAUAGGCCCUUAAGAGCUGGAUAUGUAGCAUUCACUAGCACCGUGGAGGAUGCAGCAACUUCAUGCUAUCAAGCUUAUGAAUCCCUUAGUCACAAAGGAGCAUGUAUACACAUAAUUGGAAUCAUAUUGUUGGACUCCUGAUGAAUAGACAAUCCACUGUCUGGACGUAGAGGACAUGUCUGGGACGAGCUCUACAAGGACACGUGGAACGAACAAAGUAGAUGGCAAAUGAGGGAAGAAGAAAAAAAAGACAGCGAGGAAGAUGACUUUGAGCUAUCCACUGUGUGUCACCGCCCUGAAAGCAUGGACAAGCUGCAGGAACAGACCAAGUUCACCAAGAAGGAGCUUCAGGUCCUCUACAGGGGGUUCAAAAACGAGUGUCCGAGUGGUGUGGUUAAUGAGGAGAACUUUAAGACCAUUUACUCCCAGUUCUUUCCGCAGGGAGAUUCGAGUAUGUAUGCACAUUUCCUGUUUGAAGCAUUCGACACAAACAAGAACGGCACAGUAAGCUUCGAGGACUUCGUAUUUGGCCUGUCUAUCAUUCUGAGAGGGACCAUUAACGACCGAUUAAACUGGGCGUUCAACCUUUAUGACCUGAACAAGGAUGGCUGCAUCACCAAAGAGGAAAUGUUGGACAUCAUGAAGUCCAUCUAUGACAUGAUGGGGAAGUACACAUACCCCACUAUGCAGGACGAUGCUCCUAGAGAUCACGUUGAGAGCUUCUUCCAGAAAAUGGACCGUAAUAAAGACGGGGUGGUCACCGUAGAGGAGUUCAUCGAGUCAUGCAAAAAAGAUGAGAACAUCAUGCAGUCCAUGCAGCUGUUUGACAACGUCAUCUAAGAGUCUUGAUCACAGACAAUGCGGGCACCAGGGAGGGGAAUGUGUGUGUGUGUGUGUGUGUGUGCAAGAGGAAUGUAGAUUCAUUAGAGAGAAAGCUUAUGAAUGUGUGCGUGUUUUGCCGUCUGACGGCUUGUGAGCUUGUGCUUGUGUCGAGAGCUGAGUCCUGAGGGGUUUGAGAGACCUUCUCCCUCUUCCUGGAUCCCGAUGGCAUUCUCCAAGCAGAGGUAUCCUGACUCCCUCGCUCAUCAGAACCUUAGUUUUAUUCCAGAGACACAAAGGAAGACGACAAAGCAGCGGGCACACCCAAGACCGCCCUCCUGUUGUUCUUUAUAUUCAUUUUAUUUAUUACCAUUACUGAUGGAGGAACUAUUUCAGCCUUUGAUGGAAACCUAAUUAUGUUGUAGGAUUACUUUUCCCUUUUUUCCUCGUGAUGGCCAAGAUUUGGAAUUUGAAAAUCUGAUCCUGCCUCUGUGCAUGUGGUUGACACACCUCCCUGGAUCUGCCAGACUGCUCGAGCCGCGGCCAUGAAAAUAGAAUGGAGUCUGCCGCCAUCUAGUGGAGAGAGAAAGACACUUCUUGGGGAGACAACUGACAAAUUUGAGAUCCCGGCGAUCCUGUUUCAUGGAGGUUCACCACAAGAAACUGAUUUCAAUAUCGCAUGAUGAUGUCACUAAUAUCCAAUUAUGUAUUUACAGAGAUACUCCAAAGUCUGCUUGUCUGUCUGCUGUUCCCAGUCAUUCACAGGUGCCUCACCCUCCGUGUAUGUGUGUGCAUGUGUUACAGAAAGAGAUGUCAUCCAUCAUACCAAUGUGAGACUCCAACGGGAUCCCAUUCAUCGGAUUCUGGUAGAAUAAUGACCGGCCUUCCAAGCUAUUACAGUCCUAGCUGUAGGUGUCUUAUGACUGUUGUACAUUUUAUAGCAUUCCCAGAGGUGUUACAUUAGGCAGUACAAGGUGGAGAUUGCACUAUAGUUAAAGUAUCAAGCUGUUUUGACCACCCCAUUUUUUUUAACAUGUGACUGUAAUACGCCAGUCAUACUAGUCUAUCAACGUCCAUUCAAAGGAAUUUAUUAGAUUGCAGAUUGUAUUUGUGAACUUCUUGUAAUUGGAAAUGUCAUGUGGUUGUAGCAGGUUCUACCACUCCCCUUCGAAAAAAAAAAUAUCUCAAACCCCUUUUUUGCAUUAAAUUAGGCUCAUUCGAUUUCAAAUAGUUAUAGUGUGUGUGUGUGUGUACUGUUAGCACGAGAGACAUGGUUUAUCUACAUGUUUUUUUAUGCCCCAUUUCAUUCAUAUUCAUAUUCUCUCUCUCUCUCUGCAACACCAAAGAGGAGAUACAAAGAGGUAGAUCAAGCCACUCAAAGUUGAGACAUAAAGCCCACCUUCGGGUGAAGAGAGAGGGAGAUGCUGUGUAGUAAGUAGGGCAAGGGGCAAUCAGAGGAAAAGGUUCUGUUUUAGUGAACUUUCAUUAUGGCUUACCCGCACCCACAUGUUCCUCUAUAAUAAAUAAAUUAUUUAACAAACUCCAACCACAUAUUUCCUUCUUUUCAAACUAGAAAAACUCCAAUGUGGUACAAGCAAACAAGGCACUACUGCCUUAAUGAAAUGGGUUUCAGUGUCUGAUACUUACAUGGAAUAGCAAUAAUGUUCUCUACAUGAAUAGGGCGCCUUUCCACUCACCUAACCUCUCAUUCCUCUUAGAGCACAGUUUAAGGUGCAUUAAUGCCCUUAUGAAAAUAUGCACUCCCAUCCUCCAGUUUUUUUUUUGUAUUAAUUGUUUAUUUCUAUCAUAUCAGGGAGAAAAACUAAGACUCUGAUUGUUCCUUGCCUUCAGUCUUCAACUUUCACUCCUAACCACAGUUACAACCUGUCUAUACCCGCAUGUACUGUGUCUAGAACAAUGGAAACCUACUAUCCCCCUGUACCGACUGUCUAGUUAGCUAGCCUCAACUGGUUGCAUUACGUAUUUAAAUUGUGUAUAUUUUGUACAGAGACAAUAAAAAUCACAGUUACUAUGCAAAA